AAACCCUCUUUCCCAAUUCUUAACAAGUAUCAAACACUUGCUCUACCAAAUAGCAAGGACCACUUCUUUUUCUACAAAUAUUUCUUGCUUCCAAAAACUAUAACCUAGCAUAAAAAUGGCGCCAAAACUUCUCUUCUUUUUCUCCCUUCUACAAUAUUGCACCAUCAUAGUACUAGCUCAGGGUCCAGCAGCUGCACCGGCACCACCCGGCCCGACAAACGUAACGAAAAUCCUCGAAAAAGCCGGCCAGUUCACCAUCUUUAUCCGGCUUAUGAAAGCCACUCAAGAAGAUGUGACACUAAAUGGCCAGCUCAAUAACACAAACAAUGGCGUAACAAUAAUUGCACCUAGUGAUACUGCUUUUCAAAAUCUUCAAUCUGGAACACUUAAUUCCAUUAAUGAUCAAGAAAAAUCUGAGCUAGUUCAGUUUCAUGUUAUUCCGAGUUAUCUCACGAGUUCUCAAUUUCAAACUGUGAGUAACCCGCUCACGACUCAGGCCGGUUCCGGUGACCGGUUUCAGCUUAAUGUGACUACUACGGGAAACUCAGUGAAUAUUACUACUGGACUCACGAAUACAAGUAUUUCUGGUACUGUUUAUACUGAUGGGCAGCUUGCUAUUUAUCAAGUUGAUAAAGUUCUACAACCUAUUGACAUUUUUACACCAAAGCCUCCAUCUCCGGUGCCGGCGCCGGAGACGCAGAAGAAGAAGAAGGCUAAGGCUACAGAGGGUCCAGCUGCAACAAAAGAUAGUAAUGGUGCAGAAAGGUUUGUUGUGAGUAACAAUGUGGUAGUGUUAUUUGGAGUUGGUAUUUUUACUGCAAUACUUUCUUUAUGAAGGUGUUUUGGUGAUUUUUUUUUAAGUUUUGAAUGAUUGUUGUUUUUGUUAUUAUUAUCAGUCUCAAAUUGUAUCAUUUAAUUAAGUUUUGUGAUCUGAUUGAUUUUUUUUUU